AUGGGUUUAUCUGGAAUGCCUGGUGUCUGGUCGCGGCUUAUGCGAACGUUUUUCGACCAAUUCGGAACCUUUGUCGUGGUGUAUCUUGACGACAUAUGUAUCCUCUCCCGUACAAUGGAGGACCACGUCGGCCACGUUCGCGCAGUAUGCGCCGUGUUACGCAAGGAGAAGCUUUAUACUCGACUCUCCAAAUGUGCGUUUGGUCGUAACGAGAUUGCAUUUUUAGGGCAUAUGGUUUCCGACGAAGGUCUGCAGGUCGACCCAAAGAAGAACGAUGCUAUUGCACAGUUUCAAGCUCCGACGUGUCGCAAGGAGCUGCUGAGUUUUCUCGGGCUGGCUGGGUAUUACCGUCGCUUCAUCUGCGAUUUUGCCAAGCUUUCACGUCCUCUUCGAGCAUUAACCAAACACGAGACUCGCUGGAGCUGGGGGGAGGAUCAACAGCGAUCAUUUAACGCGUUAAAACUCGCACUUCAGCAGGCUCCGACGCUAAAGCUGCCAGACUUUACGCACCCUUUUAUUGUCACUACGGAUGCGUCUGGGUUCUGCAUGGGCGGUGUCCUCUCUCAGCGCAUCAUUAAUAGCGACCACGCCAUCGCAUUUUAUUCGAAACAUCUGGGCCCCCACAAAUUAAAAUGGCCCGCUCAUGAAAAAGAGCUGCUAGCAAUCAAGACUGCUUUAGAAAAAUGGCGCCCGUAUCUCCACGGACGACACUUUUCAGUCUACACCGACAAUUCAGCGUGCAAAUGGAUGCUCCACCAUCCUAAAGUGUCGCUCAAGAUGGCACGCAUGCUGACGUUCUUUUCCCAGUUCGACUUUGUCUUACAUCAUGUUAAAGGACGGUCUAACGUCGUGGCCGAUGCAUUAUCUCGACCGGCCGUAUCCGCAGAUCCCUCCAGCGUGCGCGCUGUGCCUACGUGCCCAGUUCCCGAUCUGUCGCACGUCGUACAUGAAUGUACGGAUGCUUGUGCCCUCAACUCUCACCUUUUGCAGCAACACAUGGCUCACUCCGCUCUCAUGCGGUCCAUUCCGUUCUAA